AUGGAUUUAAAUUUACUGCACUGUUUUAUGGACCUCUUUCAGGGCUGUGGGAAUAUUUUAAAUAUCGAACAAAGAGCCGCCUUGCAGACUUCUUUGGCUAUUCUGAAGAAAAACUACAAGUUCCAACGAGUCUUUUUCUGGGGCAAAAUACUGGGGUCAAAGGAGGACUACUUUAUUGCUCAAGGGAGAGGAGAAGAUGAAAUGCAAGACAGAAAGUAUCUGUACAGCUUCAACUGCGUGGACUGGUUCCUCCUCCCCACUGUCACAGACUCCAUGACAGAGCAGGUGGCAAAGGCUGCAGGGGGUUACUUCACAGGAGACCCCUCUUUUGUGUACGAAGCUCAAACCCACAGUUACACAGAAGCAGAUAAUGCUGCAGAGGAGGAUGCAGUGACCAAAGUGAUUGAAGAGAAGAGGCUGGCAGUGACGGUUCACCACAUCGAUGAAGAAGUGUCUGUGGUACCUCAAGGCGCCUUCAUCACGAGUCCGCUUGGCCAUGUUCAGAUCAACCGCAGCUUUGGUGGUUUAUCUGACUCAGACGCUAGGAAGCUUGACAGUUACAUGCACUUUGGGAAGUCCAAAAAAAAGGAGAAGAAAUCCACCCAUCAGGGUCAAUGGAGCCCAGCCAUCGACUUCCUGGAUGUGCUCACUGACGACAUCCCUAAAGUGUGGUUCUCUAGCUGCCACACUAAGGCAGAGCAGCAGGCUCUUCAGCAGGUGGUUAAAACAGCCAGGAAGAUCAUCGGGAUGACCCUCCUGGAGAUCAGAACCAUCUAUACAACCUGCUGUCUGAGACGAGUCAACAACAUCCUACGGGACAGACAGAAGGUACCCGUCCACAGGUGCCAGAACCACCAGAAUGGCUCACAGUGUGUACCCACAGGCUGUGAGACCGUUAAAUGA